AAAGCCGUCGCAAUGCGCAUCAAGGCUUUUGAUUGCAUGACUUGUGGGGGAGCAUUCGAUGUUGAUCCAAACGGUGCGAAGGCGCCAGUGUAUUCCGAAAGUUCGCUGAAAUGCCGGACGUGCCUGCCCGGCCCAACAUAUUAUUGGGCUGGAACCUUUGAAAAAAGCACAGCGGUUUACGAUCCAACCCAAUACGACGCGACGAUGAUCAUCGAUAUGUUGCAAAAGCCCAAUCUUCGUGUAAGUUGUUUUCAAAUGAAGAUGAACGUGCUUUUGAGC